UCCUCUCCCUGCCGGCCCCCUCCCUCUCCCUCUCCUCCCUCUCCUCCUCCUCCUCCUCUUCAGCGGUUAAAGAAGGAGGUAUUGGGGAUCUCCUCCUAGACAACAAACCCACAUUCAAAGAGGGGCUCACGAAUUACGUCACGCUGCGUGUGGAGGAUAAAACUGAGGUCGCGGGUUUCACUCACUCACUGCUGAAUCUGUGGAGGAGACACUGGGAGCAUCAUGCCGAGCCCGCGCGCACGGACUCCGAGGAGACAUCUGAGAGUUGCCACUCACUCUGAACUGAAGAAGAGUUUCCACUGAUGCUAAAUGGAACGAAUUCUUUUAUUUCAGUUUCGGAUUUUCAUCAUGGGAAAGUGAAUUGUUAAGGAUCAUCAAAGACGUACGUUUGGAUACCUCUCACGCGUAAUUACGCACAAGACAUUGGCCCCUUAGAAGCUCCGUGUGCGCACUGACCUCACCUCUGGACUUGGUGUCAUGGAUCAACCUCAGCAGUGUGUGGCCAUGUACUUACUCGUGCUCUCCCUCGGACUUCUGAUGGACAGGGGGAUUUGUCAGCACUACUACCUCCUGCGCCCCAUCCCGAGUGACAGCCUGCCGCUGGUGGAUUUAAAAGAAGACCCGGACCCGGUGUUUGACCCCAAGGAGCGGGAUCUUAACGAGACAGAACUGAAGAGCGUGCUCGGGGAGUUUGACAGCCGCUUUUUGUCCGUUUUGACCCCCGUGGAGGACAAAUUCACCGGGAACGAUGAGCUGGAGGACUUUGACAUCCAGAAACCCGGUGGAGUACUCCCGAAGGAGAUCCGAGCUGUGGAUUUCGAUGUCCAGUUCGGCAAGAAGCACAAGCCGAGUAAGAAACUGAAGCGGCGGCUGCAGCAGUGGCUGUGGGCGUACUCGUUCUGCCCGGUCGUGUACACGUGGACCGACCUGGGGAACAGGUUCUGGCCGCGGUUCGUACGCGUGGGCAGCUGCCUCAGCAAGAGGUCGUGUUCAGUGCCGGAGGGGAUGGUGUGCAAGCCCGCGAACUCGACCCACCUGACGGUUCUCAGAUGGAGGUGCGUGCAGAGGAAAGGGGGACUGAAAUGCGCGUGGAUACCGGUGCAGUAUCCCAUAAUCACAGACUGCAAAUGCUCCUGUUCGAGUUGAAAAAAUAAAGACUGAAAAUAAAUUAUAAGCUUAACAUUUUUGUGAUUCUUUCUCACGUGCACUACCGAGUGUAGGAAUGUAUUUUCUGUAUAUGCGGUGCCAUGCAGUUCUAUAUAGCUCCCUGUACAAAGUCAGUAUUAUUUUGUAACCAGAGUCUACUUUAUUUGUGGAGAGUAUUGGUUCUAUAUUUUGUAUUUAUGGAGAUAUGGCGCACAGAGCCACGUAAGGACAUGCUGCUUUGUUCCAUGUUUGGAUGAAGCAAAUCGACCUCAGAGUGGAUUAUUGACACUGCCAUGUAUCUGUGACGUGUUUUAUCCUGUAAAUUAAGGACAUGUGUUUAUUUAUUCUUUAUAUUCGUACAAUAAAACGACACUGAAACGA